GCCGGAAUAAAGGUAUAAAAAAGAAGAAGAUAACAAAAUUAUGGUCUCAGUAUUUUUGUUGGCUGUUCUUUCGAUCUGUAUGGUCUUAGGCUGUGAAGAUCGUGCUGUGAGUUUUCCUGAUAAUGGUGAUACAUAUAGUUGUAAGAGCGAGAAUGGUUAUACGAAAUACUAUGUGAAUGAUGGGCUAAUCGCAAAGAUACCUCAAGUUUAUGACGAUACAAGCAUACUUUAUUUUGAUGUGCACAAAAUGUGCACCAAGAAACCAAGUCCGCAUUAUGCUGUGCUUAUGAAGGAGAAACUGGUGAAUAUGAGUAUAAUGAACGAUCCAUAUAUUAAAAGCCGCAGCAGGUCGUAUCUUUCAGCUGACAUGUUCUCGUACGCGAAAAAACAAGGAUUGUUGCCGCCUCCGAUGCCGGAUGGCAGUCAGAAAACCGAUUUUGAAAUAACGGUGGAGGAGUUGAAGACUGGGUUCUGGAAGUUUCUGCGCGACGAAGAAGCGUGCCGUCCUCGGCCUAUCGUGCUUACAAGUGCUCCGGGUCAAAAUUCGAAUAGUUCGUGCGUGAUAUCAUAAUGAUGGUGCAAAGUUCUUAGUAGUAAAGUAAG